CCCCCUCCUUCCCAUUGCUGGGAACAGUCAAAACUAGGCUGAACCAUAAAGUGAAAGUAUUUUCUUAGCUCGUAAGAUUUGCCACGAGGACUGGACUAUAGGGAGAUUGGAAUCAAAUUGAGAAAGGCCUUAACAUGGCGUUGGUCUUCAGCUUGUCCACUCUCAUGUUUCUCCUCAUCACUGGGAUGGAGACAUCCAAAAGUCUAAGUCAGGGCCCAGAGUUGAAGCAGGUCAUCCAGGUGGACUCUGGGAAGGAUGCAGUCCUGGAGUGCUCUUUGAACUUCAAUGGGAUAUCUCCUGGUAAUGUAAACAUAGAGCUGGUCGUGUGGCGGAGGUUGGACCAGAAUGAUCUUCACAAAGGUGGACCUGUGUUCAAAUGCAACAUAUUCAAUCAACAAUCCUCCAAUCCCAGGUUGCAGCUGAACCCAAAAUAUCAGCUUCCCAUGCCACCUGCCAAUGAGAAAGACAAAGUUGUGUCCCUGUUGGUCAAAGAAACCCAGCCUGAAGACGAGGGUCCGUAUGAGUGUGUGGUGAACACUGACAGUGGAAUCACACAUUGUAACUUCAUGCUGAAGGUCACAGUGUUACAGUACGAGACCAGCACUGAAAAGGAGAUUCCAAAGAACAGUUACAUGAGUGUGGCUGCUGUAUGUGUGGUAGUAGGCUCUCUUGCCAUUGGACUGCUGCUUCUCAAGCUGUUUCAAGCCAGAAGACUCAGACAAGAUGAACCAGUGACACAGGAAGACUCUGUUGUGGCAGAAGAGCCUGAGGAUACAGCAGUCCCAGCAGAGCACCAGGACAGGACUGUUUCCGUAGCGUCGGAGUGUUACCAGGAGUGUUACCAGGAGUGUUACCAGGAGUGUUACCAGGAGUGUUACCAGGAGUGUUACCAGGAGUGUUACCAGGAGUGUUACCAGGAGUGUUACCAGGAGUGUUAUGAUUCUGGCACUGUAAUUAAAAGUAUUCAACCCCUGUAGAUUUCUUCACAUUUUGUUACAAUGAGGAAUACAAAUUGAUUUAACUGUUAUUCUGGAGAUGGGAUUUUGUCCUGGGUUUUGGUGGUGGGGAGUGCAGACAGGGCUGGAGAGAGCUGGCUGUGGUUAUGUCCUGUGUUUUGGUGGUGGGGAGUGCAGGCAGGGCUGGAGAGAGCUGGCUGGGGUUUUGUCCUGUGUUUUGGUGGUGGGGAGUGCAGACAGGGCUGGAGAGAGCUGGCUGGGGUUUUGUCCUGUGUUUUGGUGGUGGGGAGUGCAGGCAGGGCUGGAGAGA